AUGUUCCGCAAUAGACAAAACUCCCAGAAGCCUGAUGAUGAGCUCAUCAACAAAUUCCAGAGGACUUUCUCCGAUCUCGUUCCCCCGCAAUCCAACCCAGAGCCAUUCGGGCAACCGCACGUUGGUCAAAUCACCCCCGCCAGACUGAACAUGGGCGGCGGUGAUGUGAGACACAACGAUCAAAAUGGUCAUAACACACCGGACUCUCGAUUUACACCGUCAUUCUUAGACCCAGGCUCACUCCCUUUUAUGCCAUUCCCCAACCAACAAAAUGGCUUCUAUCCCCCAAAUUCUUCCGGAAUGAGCUCUAUUCUUCAUAGUCAGGCCGGAGAUUUGCACACUCCUAAUAUGGGCAUGCAUCUCAUCAGUCCCCUCUCCCAACAAAUGGCUGGUGUAGACAACACAACUAUGAAUUUUGACCAAUUCAAUCAAUCUUUCUUUCCUCCAAACUUUCAUAACCCCCAGCCGUUUCCCCAGCAAGAUUCAUUCGCCCCCAGCGCGUUCGUUCAUGAUUCAUAUGACGCUAUAGAUGAAUCUGUCGAAGAAUCUUCUAUGCAUGAUGCGGACAUGCAAGGCAAUUCGACCUCACAGGGGACUAUGCUCUCGCAAGAAUUACCGCUCCGCGCAAACACUCAAGAUGAAGAAGGUGAAAAAUUCCGAUACCACACAACAUUAAGAGCACCGACUGCAAUGGUUAAACACCACAAAGAGAUUCCAGUUACCUACCUUAACAAAGGUCAAGCCUAUUCUUUGUCUGUGGCCGACUUGGCUCCACCGAUGGGUUCUCACUCGGUCAAGUACCGAACAUUUGUCCGCGUCUCUUUCCAAGAAGAUGAGCAAAGAUCCAAACCCGCCACCUGUUGGCAAUUAUGGAAAGAAGGUCGGGGAACAAAUGAAGCGCAUCAACGCGGCGGCAAACUCCAAGCAGUAGAGUACGUCGACCCAAUACAGGGGCCAAACGAAGACCAAAAGCUCCGUCAAAUACAGCUCGAAAACGCUUCUUUCGAUGGAUUUUGUGUUACAUGGUCACCAAAUCUAUCCACCGGAAAAGCAGAUUGUUCCAUUCCCGUCCGAUUUAACUUCCUUUCAACAGACUUCAGUCACUCCAAGGGUGUGAAGGGCAUUCCGGUUCGGCUAUGUGCAAAAACCGAGGUCAUAUCUCUUGAAAGCCCUCAUACAGGCACGGCCAGCGAUGCAGAGGUUUGCUAUUGCCAAGUGAAGCUGUUCCGAGACCAUGGGGCUGAACGGAAACUGUCCAACGAUGUUGCCCAUGUGAGAAAGACUAUUGACAAGCUGAGGCAGCAGAUUUUUCAAGCUGAAAUGGGCGGCGGGAACUUCGGGAAACGAAAACGUGGAAAUGGUUCCUUCCCUGUCAAAGGCAGCACCGACCAUCGCCCUGCGAAGAUUACGAAGCACAAACGGACUUGGUCUAUGGAUUCGAAUGAAACCCCCGAGCGAUUAUCCUUGGAGGAUGACCUCCAUGUUAAACUGGCGAUGAUGCAAGACAUGUUUACGUCGACACGGCCGGUUAGCAUUCUCGGCCUACGAGGGGAUGAGCAGGACGAUCCAGAUCUCUUCCCCGUUGAGCUACCUGGCGACUCUCCUGAAAUCAAGAAGGAAGGCCGCCUUUUCCAGAACCCAUGGCCACCCCGGGCAAGCCUCGAUACCACACCAGCACCAGUAAUUCAAACUUUGUCACCGUCGGCUAGCAAUGCCUCGAUCAAUUCACCACUCCAUCCCCUCCAUCGGAAUUUAUCAAAUCCUAGCUAUGACUCCGCAUACCAAGGCUCUUUAGAAAGCUCAAGGGGUAGUUCGCAGCUAUCCGAAGCUUCUGGGGAGAAGGUGCUUGCGAGACGUCCGAUGAAAGUACAGCGGUUGUCUCCUGAAAAUACUAAGAUGUCUAUGGGCUAUAUCGAAGCAGUGGAUAUUGAUCCGACAUAUCGACCACCGUCAGAACGUCCACCCAAGCCAAUUGCAUGCUUCUACAUCCGUUUCCCCCGCAAUGAAACGCAGGAGGACGACUACUACCGCGCUGUCUACCUGACAGAGCGAACUGCUAAGGGCUUGUUGGAACAGAUAUCUCUCAAACGACGUAUUGAUCCCGAGCGAGUGGUUCGCGUUCUUCACAUCAAACAAAACGGGCUGAAAAUUAUGGUGGAUGAUGAUGUCGUUCGCGAACUUCCCGACGGCCAAGAUAUGGUUGCCGAAAUCUCCGAGUUUUCGAUCCCGGAUACCGCGGUAAACAACGGUGAAGCGCCUGGGACCCCAACUGUCGAGGUCAAAUUGACCUAUUAA